GGAGGCUGAAUGAGUUGGGGGCCCGGUGGGCCAGUGUCCUGGCUCAGCUGAUGUCCCCACUUUCCCGCCAGAGGAUAUAUCGGUGGUGUUUAGCAGGGCCUCCUGGGAAGGCCGGGCUGACUUCUCCCAGGCCGAUGUGCACCGCCAGAUUGCUAUUGUGUUCAAGACACCGCCCUAUGAGGACCUGGAAAUCGUUGAGCCUGUGACCGUGAACGUCUUCCUGCAGCGGCUUACGGAUGGGGUCUGCAGUGAGCCUCUGCCCUUCACGUACCUGCCUCGGGACCAUGACAGCUAUGGCGUGGACAAGAAACGGAAACGGGGGAUGCCUGACGUCCUCGGGGAGCUGAACAGCUCUGACCCCCAUGGCAUCGAGAGCAAACGGCGGAGGAAAAAGCCAGCCUUCCUGGAUCACUUCCUGCCCAACCCCAGCUCAGGCCCGUUCCUCCCGCAGUCAGCCCUGCUGCCGGACACAGACUUCUUCCCCGGCACCGUGACCCUACCCGGCUUGGAGCCCCCCGGUGGGCCGGACCUCCUGGACGACGGCUUUGCCUAUGAUGACGCUGCGGCCCCCACACUUUUCACCAUGCUGGACAUGCUGCCCCCCGCGCCGCCACUCGCCAGCGCUGUCGUCACGGGCAACGGGGCUGCCGGGCCGGCUGUUGGAGAGCCUUCCGGCCCUGAGCCAAUGACGCUGGACUCAUACCAGGCCCCAGGCCCCGGGGACGGGGGCACUGCCAGCCUUGUGGGCAGCAACAUGUUCCCCAACCAGUACCGCGAGGUGGGCUUUGGGGGAGGCCUCCUGUCCCCAGGGCCGGAGGCCACGUAGCCCCGAGGCGCUGGAGGAGAGGCGCUGGGUGGGGAGGAAGGGAGGUGGAAGGAGCCGUGCAAAGCCAACCAGGAUGUCCAGCACCUCCAUCCCCUUGGGCCACCCUUGGUCAGCCUUCCGACCUCCUCAUCCUUCUGACUGGGACAUCUUCAGCGCUGGUGAGAAGCUCCGUAGCACCGGUUUCCCCUGAGCCCAUUUUACAAGUGAGAAAACCGAGUCCGGAGAGGAAAAGGGGCUUGGCUCCCAUGCACCAGCUUGUAAAGCUGCCUCAGCCCCCACGGGUGGGGGCACCUUCUCCAGGCGGAUUCUGGAGUGUACAUAUGGGAGAAAGCUGCAGAUCCUCAGCUCUCCUCCCCCGAGCUUGAAGGUGGGGGGUAAAGGUUGUUUGUUCUGAGUCUUCCCAAUAAAGAUGAGUUUUUGAGC